CGCCUCUUCACCCUCCUGAGCACUUUCGCCCUCAGGAGCCCUGUCCUCUGUCGCUCGCUCCUUCGCCGCCGCUCUCGAAUUAGGGCGCGGAGAUCCCCUUUCCUCACGCGAAACCCUAGAAAAGAGAGGAGCAUGGGAGCGGAGUUGAUGAGCAACGACAUGGCGGAGGACGGAUACAUCAGCGAUUCCGAGGCCUUCGAUUCGGUCGUUCAAGUGCUCGAUGCGGUUCGGAUGGCUCCAAGUUUGGUGGUUCAGAGUGACAGAGAUCAGUAUGACGCCUUGCUAAGUAUUGUUGACCCAGGAAAGAAGAUGGAUUCCGACAAGGAGGCUUUGCUUGUGACAGCUCUAAAGGCACUUACAGGGGCUGUAUCAAAAAUCGACAUCAUCUUCCACGGAUCACUUUUGAGCAAUAUAUUUGCCAUGCGCAUUUGGAACUAUGGGGUCGAUGCAAGGAAUGCUUUAUUGGAAUUAAUCACUUCCUUGGCUGCUGUACCUGACAAAUUUUUGGAUGGUUGUUUGCACAUGCUAGUUAGCAACUUCCUCCCACCUGAAAGGUUACUGGAAUUUGAAAGCCAUCCACGCUUCGUAGUAAAAAAGAAAGAAAUUCAUAAACAAUUGCACAUGGCUUUGCAUUAUAUAACUGAUUUGGUUCCUCUUGCUCCAAUGAAGUUGAAGGAAGUAAUUGAUAGGAGUAUGCCGAGGUGUAAUGAUGCUAAAGCUAAAAUUGUAGUAUUUGUAGAGUGCAUGUUAGGUGUACAAACUGACGACAUUGGGGAGUUUCUGGGAAACCUAUUGAUGGCGAAGGUGGUGGAUCUACUGACAGACCUAGAUGUAAAUAUAACGUGGGAAGACAUUCUACAGGAAGAACAGAACAAAGGCAUAUUUGACAUGGAGCUGGAAGAUUUAGAGGAAGAUGUAGAUAAAGAUGGAAAAGAUGGAAGAAAGCCUCUCGAAGAUAAUAACAGAGCUUUUAAGGGUAAUGCUUUUGCUGAAAAGCUGGAUGGCCUGAUGGUGGUUGUGUGUGAGCAUCUCAAAUCACGUGCAGAUGAUGGCCGUUUGUUUCAGGAAUUUGGCAUGCUUAUGGACAUCUUUAAGAGAUCCGUACUAAAGCUUCACAAAUCCAAGUUUGCUCAGUUUAUCAUGUUCUAUGCUUGUUCAUUGGAUCCUGAUGACUGUGGUGUGAAGUUUGCUGACAUUCUUACUGAUGUUUUUGUUGAUAAAUGUGAGGAUCCAACUUCAAGAAUGAGCGCUGUGUCAUAUCUUGCAAGUUAUCUAGCCCGGGCAAAAUUUAUUUCCCCUCCCGUCGUCAUGAGAAUACUCAAAAGAUUAGUGGACUGGUGUUUUGACUACUGCCGGUUUCAAAACGUCCAGGAGAAAAUAAUUAACCCCAAAUUUCAUCAAGUCUUCUACGCUGGUUGUCAGGCAAUGAUGUACAUCCUCUGUUUCCGCAUGAGAUCAAUAAUGGACUAUCCCGACCUCAGAUCUCUACUCUUCCACAUGCCUCUGGGAUUUGUCUUGUCUCACGCCUUGGAUCCUCUCAAGGUCUGUUUACCUUCUAUAGUCCAAGAGUUCCUUCGACAGGCGAAGGCUGCUCGAUUAUUCAAUGCCUCAGUGCCCUCGAUUUAUGAAAACUCACUUGAGUCUGAAUUGUCAAAGGCAUUUGGAGGAACAGAGAGAUUGGAUAUGUUCUUCCCCUUUGAUCCAUAUCUAUUAAAAGAUUCUGACAGGUUCGUGCGGCCGAAUUUUGAGUUCUGGUCCAUGGUCAAGACGACAUACAGCAACUGCAACAGUGAAGAAGAUGACGAGGAAUUCGACGACCUCGACGCCCCCGACUUUGCCGAAAACAUCGGGAGCUAUGAGGAUAACAAUAUUGGAUUCGAAAGCGAAGAUGAAGAUGAUUUAGGAUACUCGAUGAACAAGAUGUCGAUAACUCCGAAGCCCGCCUUCCAGUUCCCAAUGGCCACCGAUUUCCAAAUUCCCUCUCGAAUGCCUGCCAGGAUUAGACCCUCCGUUAGUCCGACAUGGUAACUACCCGCCUACAUUCUCAUCUAAUUUUUUAUCCGUGAGACAUUGGAGAGCCUUCAAAUGCGGAGGAUUUGGGGCAAAUUUGGACAAACAUUGUUGGAGAUGGCGGCGGCAGUUGAACAAUGGUGCAGUUGUGCCUAUAAAUCUCUGCGUACUUAUUUGCUUGAGUGUAAAGUAGAAAAUGGCGGUGUGACGGUCGGAACAUCUUGGGGGCGGAGUGUACACGAGCAAAUUACGACAUCUUUUGUUUUUCUUGUAGAAUACAAACAUUUGGUGUGAAAUUUUUGGUGUAUACGAGGAUUCUGUUGUUUCUUGUAGUAGGGGUUAUUUGCGACUUUGAGCGCGCGUUAUAAACAAAGUAUGCAAUCCAAUGUAUAAUGCUCUUCCUUUUUAUUUCUGUUUUGUUAGAAUAUUUUGUUAGUCAAAAUGUGACUGCGGUUGAAAGCCUGAAGCUAAAACGAGAACAAAUAAAGCCUUAGAUCUAUCUAUGA